GGGGCCUUGCAGUGUGAGCAUAUAAAUGGACGGACCCCCGGUCAACCUCUCUCCCUCUCCCUCACACACACACCCCGCUCGGCUCACACACUCGCUGCCCGGCUCCCAGAGAAAUCAUGACAGACCUGGAGAACUGCCUGGCGACCGUUAUCGAGGUCUUCCACAAGUACUCGGAGAAAGAGGGCGACAAGCAUAAACUGAAGAAGACCGAACUCAAGGAGCUGCUAACCCAUGAGCUGCCCUCGCUAACUGAGCAUGUGAAGGACCAGGCCACUAUGGACAGUCUCAUGGAGAGCUUGGAUGCCGACAGCGACUCUGAAUGUGACUUCCAGGAGUUUAUGACCUUCGUAACCAUGGUCACCAUCUGUUGCCACGAGUUCUUCGAACAUCACGAAGACGAAUGAGCCGGAGCCGGAAAUUGAAAAUUGUAGAAUAUGAGCAAUUUGAAUUAGCGUAACUGCAUAGGCUCACGAUUCAUAACAUUGGGUUACUGUUAUUGUUCUCGCCACGUUAUCCGAAUGUUCGAUUGGCUUCUGUAUGGUAAGGUGUGCUCGUAUAUGCCUUCUAUGUGAAAAAAGGAAAUGUUUUGGCUGGCCUUAAAUUUGAACUGAAGGGAGCUCGAAAACUUCGCUGUAAUUUAUUACAGACAUUUGUUUUUCUUAUGUUUGAUUUAGGAAAAACUCUGAUUCUAACACAUUUUAACUAACCGUGGUUUCUUUUUAAAAAAAAAAAAAAAAGCACAAAUCUAAUAUAGCACUGUAGCAAGUGAUCUGCAUGUACUUAGAAUUUCAGUAAUAUUCUGGUUCCCUGUGAAAUACGGAAAAUAUUUCAUGUUUACAAAGGACGGUUUAAGUGAGGCAUGCUAUUGGGUUGACGCAGUGGACAAAAAAACAAAACAAAACUGGAAGACAAAUCACACAGUUGCCAGAUCAGACCAACCAAAGCAUUAAAUUGACGUUAUCCUCCAUCAAUUCUCCUUUUAUCCAGCCCUUCAAGUGUAUCAUUUAAUUAGGACAGAAACCACAGCCAAACUUGCAAAAUGACAUUGUUGCAAAAUGACUCAGAUGACCCUUUCAAAUGCUGUUAGUUACUUGCGAUUUAUGUACAUCUGUCAACUCACACACAGAUUUUAGUCAUAAACGAGUGGAUUUUGGUGGGCAACAUCCUAUUCAGCAUGGAAUGAAUAAGGUAAGAAAGUGUAUUUAUUCACCAAAAUGAACGUUAAUAAUAAUUUUAAAAAGUGUAAACCAAAGUGCACCAAGUGCAAAGUGCACUAUAUCUGUUUUGUUUCUCUGUUUUCACAAGUUUGCUAUCCCAAGAAGAGUUUGUGUAAAGUACUAAAUUUGGCAGAACUGUAUUCUGGAUUUCAAAUUUCUGAGUUUGUUUAACCUCUGUUCUUACAAAGAGCUGAUUCAUUUCCUGAAUUUGGAAAGUUCCCUAGUAUUGUGAAGAGCUUAAAUAAAAUUUAAAAAGCAAGA